AUGCAAACAAAUAUUGUUUGUGCACCUUCCAAUUGUAAUAAUGGCAGCCUUGGGACUAAUUGCGGGCCUAGUACCCGACACCUAUUUAAUCCGCUUCACCCUCACCGUUGUAUCCCAACCACCCACACAAUCAUGGCCUCACACUCGCGCGAAUUCUCCGAUGAGAGUGCAGCCUCGCAUGACACAACACUAUCUCAAGAUGCCAGAAUUUUCUCUUUCUCUGAACCGCAAACCGAGAGCUCAAGCGAUAACAACAGCACAUAUGAGACCCUGCGCCGCAACCUUAGCGCUCGUACUGUUGUCUCAACCUCUUCCAGUUUUGCUCAUCGCAUGGAAAGGGCGAAAGCUGCCUACAAUUCACAUCUUGCAGUCAUUGGGAGAGGAACAUGCGGUACGGUUUUUGAAAUUGCUGGAACUGAGACUGCGAUUAAGAAAGGCUCAGACAAGCAAGGGCUCUGGGUGGAUGCUAAUCUCACAAACGUAGCAUGUCGGGCUGUUGUGGAAACAAAGGCACUACUUGAAAGUAUGUUUCCGGGUUCUUCGAUCCCUCGAGUGCCUCAAGUCUAUGGAUGGGUGCGCGAUGAAGAGUUAGAGAAAUGGUGGGAAGUCAACAGAUCUCGAUUUCCGGACCAAGACAACGCGACUGGAUACUUAUUUCAGGUUCAGCGCAUCUUACCUAUUUCGAAAGCCACUCGCACCGCGCUCAUCAAGAACUACUUUCCCAAAGAAUUCCAUGAAAGCUCUCUGGCAGAUCCUAGCAACAAGGCAUGCCUAGUCAGACCGUACCUUGGGAUGAGGCGUAGCGAUCACGAGUUUGACCACCCUGCUGAGACUCUGCAAAACUUCCCGCUGCAUCUCGACCAGAUGGAAGAUAUCGAAUUGGACAUAGCUCUGUUCUCCAGAGAAAUAGCUAUCGGCUUGGCUGUUAUACACUGGAGAGCAGGCCUCGAUGGUAUGGAUGUGGAAUUUGUUCUUGGGAGUUCCGCCAUUGGUUCUGAACUCCCCCCUAUCGUUGAGCAUUUCGAGAGUGUUCAACCCUUUAGCAUUCCUGCUGGCGACUUCACUCGGCGUCAAACUCAUCUAUGGAUGCUGGACUUUGACAAAGCCAGUAAGCUCGACUUCAAUGACUGGAAGAAAACUCGGCAGCAAAUGGUUACAGCAGUGACGGCAAACGAUCCCUACUUUCCAAACCCAGCCACUUCGGGUGAGAGCGAGGAGCUGACUUGGUCAGCCUUUGAGGCAGCGUACCUUCAAGCUGCCGACGCGCUGUUGAAGAUACACCCUACACUUUCCAAGAAGGCAAGAGCCAAGAAGUAUCCCGAAGCCUUCCUCGUUGACUGGAAGAAGAGGGCCCAAUCCUUGGAGGAGACAAAGGAUGGUGGUUUCAUACAAUUUUCGACUUAG